GUCUCAGUAGAGCUCUGUCCUUCUCUUUUUUUUUUAGAAGUUGUGGCUCUUUUUUACAUUUCACGUUCCCAGCAAGGAACUCAUGUUAUUUUUUUAAACAAUUUGAGUAACACGAAUGAGCAAAAAAAUCUGUGCUUUUGUUUUGUGUCUGUCAAAACAAAAUUUGUGAAGAUGACAGUGGAACAAGAUUUCGAAGCUCUGGACCAGUUUCCAGUAAGGAUGAGAGUUAUUUCUGUUGACGACGACCAAACUUGUCUCUGUAUUCUCGAGACUUUACUUCACCGCUGCCACUACCACGUUACAACAACGGAGAAGGCACAGACCGCACUGGAGUUGUUGAAAGAUAACAAGAACAAGUUUAAUCUCGUGAUCAGCGAUAUUGACAUGCCACACAUGGAUGGUUUCAAGCUGCUUGAGCUUCUUGGUCUUGAAAUGGACUUACCUAUCAUUCUGUUAUCUGCGCAUAGCCAUCCAAAGUAUGUGAUGGAAGGAGUCAAGCGCAGUGCCUGCGACUAUCUCCUUAGAUCAGUUCGAAUUGAGGAGCUCAAGAACAUAUGGCAACAUAUGGUGAGGAAAAGCAUGUUUAAGAAGAUGAAGAACAUUUUGACUAAUGGGGAAUCCCAAGGAAACUCUGAUCAGAACGGCUUGAAAGCAAACAGAAAAACGUAAAGAUCAACUUGUAGAGCAAAUGAAAACGAUGAUACAACGGCUCAAAAUAAGCCUUGUGUUAUUUGGAGUUUUGGACGAGAGAGCUGCAAUACAAGUUCCUAGCAGCUGCUAAUCAUGUGGGCUUUGAGAGUAAUGUUUCUUGAUCUCUCAGAUACUACACCAGGCCUUUAAGAAUUCAUAGCCGACUAUAACACAUACCAUUUAUCUGGUUUUCAAAACACUAGUGAGUUCUCCGUUUUGUUAUACUAUUUGAUACAUCUGAUAUAUAAACUUUAACCUGUAACGGCGAUACUCAAGAAUCCAAUUAGAUUAUUGCUUAUGCAAUGACCCUCCACUUUCUUACAUUUUAAAGCAAUCUAAGAGUCUAAACUAUAUUUUAAAGUGAUCCUUCUGAUAAUCUUAUAGGUCUACAAAUCCUCAAGAUCGUAAUCAAAAACAUGUUUGUCAACUUAUCCCUACGAAGUUCUGUUGCAUGAAGCUCAUAUGUUGCAAGAUGCGGUACACAAACAUACAACACAAUAACCCAAAAAACAUAAACUCACUCUCUCAACUACACAAACACACAUAAUAAAACAAACAAAUUUAUUACACAUAAUUUAAAACAAAACGGACAAACCGCUUGAAACAAUCUUGAGAAAACCUCUUCUUCUCAGGUAUGUUUCAAGAACUCAACCCCUCUUGGAAACAAAAGCCCAAAUUAAAAAUCUCAAGCAACUACAAAACAAAGUAAUACACUACUAUCACUAACCACUGUCAAAUGGAUCAAAAAAACUAUUUUGAACUCAUUAGAAAACAAAACAACGAACCCGACGCUAAUACCACUAAUAUCAUAAUAAAUCAGCUUUAAAAAAUAAAAUAAGUAAUUUCAUUAUAUAUUUAGUUUGAUAUGAUAUCUAAAAGCAUAUGGACCUAAAGUUAUACACCGAAUCCUAAAUUUAUACCGGUUACAUGGACCUGUUUUUUUUUAACAACAUGGACCUGUUUUACUGGGAAAAAAAAAGAUGCAGGAAUAAAAGCUGUGUACAAAACACCGUCGUUUUCCGUUUCGAGAUAAGCUAACCGAAAAAUUCCAUCUGUAAUCAAGUUCAUAUAACCGAACCAACGAAUGUGACCGUUGGAGCCAAACCAACCCAACGGCUAGCUUUUAUCUUUAUAUCAAUCCUUAAACC